AUGCCGCCCACUCGGACCCUACAACGCGUCAAAUCGGAAUCCCCAUCGAUCAAAUCCGAGCCGGACUCCGAUUCUGAGUCAAACUCGAACGAGGGCGAGACCUACGAACAGGCCAGAGAACGUCAGAUUGCCGAGAAUCAAGCUCUUCUCGAAGGUCUGGGUUUGUUCCAGAUUCCUACCCUACCCGGAGCGUCAUCGUCCUCUUCAUCGACUCCUAUUCCCGCGGGUCAACGGGUCAAACGCGAAGAGAAACCCGUCGUCGACCCUGCUAGUCUCCGUCGAACCUCACGCCGCCCAGCUUCAAAGGGUCAGAUCGUUUACAACGGCCGUGCUUUAAAACAGCGUACCUCUACAGGAGAAUUCCUACGGUAUCAACCUGAACCCAAAGCUGCUCCGCCUUCUAUCGUCUAUGGGAACGUACCGGGCGUCCCGGUCUUCAGGACGUGGGACCACAAGACCCUUAUCAGCCCUACCGUACACGACGGAGGUCUGAGAGUACGGUCCACCUCCUUGAAGCCCGCAGCUUCUCUCUGCUUAUACGGCCAGGGAGGCUUCAAUUCCUCUGCCAAUAUGGCCUGGCAAGAUUCUCUGGACUUCGGAAACCGGUUCACCUUCAUCUCCGCUUACGGGAACUUUUCCUUCCGGGAUGGCAUUAGAGGUGGUGGCGGGGCACAAGUGCAGAGUAGAGAUCAGACUUUUGAGCAUGCAAUACAUCAGGCCUUGGAAAAGAAUAUGGAGACGGGGACUGUGAUCAGGGUCAUCAGGGGGAGUAGGUCUAAUUGCGUUUGGGCGCCGGAGCAUGGCUUUCGGUACGACGGCCUUUACAAGAUCAUCUCCGCCCGAGCGAUCAAAUCACCUAUCACGGGCAAACAAGUAUGCACGUUCGAAUUCCGUCGAUGUCCACGACAAGGGAAUAUACCGAAGAGAAGCAAAACCGGAGGCCGGAACGGAACGGGCAGUCGGGGUGGGCUAGGGUGGGUCUGGGCCGAGGAAGAAUCUGAGGGCGAUGAAGAUGGAGAGGAAGAUCAAGUCGAAUUCGAAGUCGCAGAUGACGUCGAGGUGGAACUGGCGGAGCGAGCAGGAGACGGAAGUCAAAGUGAGAGUGAGCUCGAAGCUGAAAGCAGCUCGAGUGAAGACGACGGAUCAGCAUAUGGGCAGAAUAUCGCUAUCGCGGUCGACGUGGAAUCGGAAUCGGACUCGGACGACGGGGAUGAGGAUGAGGUAGCAAGCAGCGGGGACGAACUGGCGAUCAGCCGGGAAGAAGCUAGUCUUCGCCUUCCUUUCCGGGCGGGAUCCAAUGUUGAAAGCGCCAUCGAGGUGGAGGAUGUCAUCGUAGUCACUGCCGCACCUGCGGCUGUGCCUGUGCCUGCGGCUGUGCCUGUGCCUGCGGCUGCGCCUGCUCCUGCGCCUAUCGCUGUCGCUAUCGCUACGCCGAUUGCGGAGCGAGGAGAACGGACAAGGUGUAUGGCGAAGAGUAGGAGAGGCCGUCCUGGCAGGUAG